CAAUAAAUAUCCGGUACGGUACUUGACCAUGGACCCUCCACGUAGCGCCCAGGAUGUGUUACGGUGUGAUCUCUGUGAGACACCGGUUCCUCCUAUGUACUGCGACAUUUGCCAUAUUCAUUUGUGUAAAGCAUGUGUAGGAGAACAUCUUUCCGAGUUUGCAAAAGAACACAAAAUUGUACCGUUUGAAAAGCGAGGAUCUACAACUAAAUGCCCAAAUCAUUCCUCAAAAAUAUGUGAAAAUUAUUGUGAACAAUGCGACAUUCCAAUCUGUGCGCAGUGCAUUUCUUCCACAAAACAUCAAGGUCAUACAUUUGUCCACAUAGUGAAAAUACUGCAAAAACAGAAGUCAGUUUUACAGAAAGAUUUACAAGAAUUAGAGAAGUUAAUUUUUCCCAAAUAUCAAGAGAUUGCAACAGAAAUCCCGGUUCAGAGAGCUACCCUUUAUACAUCUUCACAGAAGAUUGCCUCGGAUAUCAGCAGACAUGGAGAAGAAAUGCACAGCGAAAUAGAUCUGAUUGUCAAGAAACUAAAAUCUGAUCUUGAUGAAAUGGACUCCAAAUAUUUUACUGUCCUAAAUAAGCAUGAAAAUGACAUCAAACAUAUGCUGUGUGAUAUCACACAGACAAUUGCAGAUCUGAGAAAAUUAGUAAAUUCCGAUGACACGGGCCUUAUAUCUGCCUACAAAUCCAGAAAUGCAGAACUCAGAAGAUUGCCACCUAAACUGAAGAUCACUUUACCAAGCUUUUCUCCCCAGAAAAUUGAUCAGCACCAAAUAUACGAACACUUUGGCUCUCUAUCAGAAUUAUCAAUUAAAACGGCUAUUGAAGAACACAACUACACAAUGGAUUCUGCGAGUACUGAGCACUUUCCACCAGAGAGGUCCCUUAUUGAUCUGCCACAGAUCAUCACAGAGAUAAACACCGAUUAUACAUAUCCUGAAAACGUGUCCUGUCUGAGUGAUGAGGACAUCUGGAUUGGGGGUAAGAGCAACAUUUUGAAACUGUACAACCUCCAAAGAGGACUACUGAAGUCAAUCCAAACCAAGUCAGGGAACUGUGCAGCGGACUUAGCAGUAACAAGAAAUGGGGAUCUGGUUUAUACAGAUAAAACAAACAGAACUGUAAACAUGGUGAAGAAUAAAGAAAUGCAGACAGUGAUCACACUACAGGGAUGGAUGCCUUGCGGUGUCUGUAGUACCUCCUCUGGUGAUAUCCUGGUUGCUAUGAACAAUGAUGAUUGGAAAACACCAUCAAAAGUUGUGCGUUAUUCUGGUUCCACUGAGAAACAAAGUAUACAGUACAAUGACAAUGGACAAGCUCUCUAUUCAUCAGAUAGUUGUACUAAAUUCGUAAGCGAAAACAGGAAUCUAGAUAUAUGUGUGUCUGAUUAUAGAAAACGUGCAGUAGUGGUAGUCAACCAGGCAAGGAAAUUCCGAUUUACGUACACUGGUCUUCCCUCUUCUACAGAGAAACCAUUUGAUCCAUGUGGCAUCACUACAGACAGCCAAAGUAAUAUCCUGAUAGCAGAUCAUGACAACCAUGGUAUCCACAUUAUCGAUAAAGACGGCCAGUUUCUCCGAUUUAUUGACAACUGCCAUUUGGAGAAACCUUUCGGUCUAUGUGUAGACACAAGAGACAAUCUCUUUGUGGCUGAUAAGAAAACAUGUAAAGUAAAGAAAAUUCAAUAUUACAAGUAAUCUUAGUGUUCAUAUUUUCCAAAAGCAUGUUAAAUGACCAGGAAUAUACGUAUUGAACGUAAAAAACGACAAUGAAUAUGUUAUGUUUAAAACUUCUCAGCACAUAGUUAUGACAGUGUUAAUGUACUAGUAUCCUUUACCUUAUGAUCAGGCUUGUUGUAAUAACUAAUGUGUUAUCGUUUGCUUCUUUUAAUCAAUUUAACUGACUAAACUGUCCACCCAUUUAUAAUUUAUAUAUUUUUAGUAAACAUAUCGUCUAAAAUGAAUAAUAUAUUGAAAGUUUUUAAAAAGUUAUUUUUUUUUCUUACAUAUGUUGUGGUUUUAUGCGUUUAGCCAUACUGACAUUUUUUUCGAGUAAGAUAAAAAUAAAGAAGCUGAGUCUAAUUAUCUCUAAGUACUCCCUAAGUACAUGUAGUUUGAUAAUUUGUUUACAUGAAGCUUUGAUAUCAUAUCAAUUAUUUUCAAAAUAAAUUAUAACUGAUUUACCUGUUUCUUUUAUAGUACUGCCGAAAAUAGAUCAAUGAAACAAAGUUUCAAAAAAAAUUUGUCAGAAUAUCUACUCUUUCGCUAAAAGUCCAAUUUUAAAGAAGCCUAAACUCUUUAUGUGAAGAAUGUAAAUGAACUGAAUAAUUAUGUUUUAUAUAGCUUUAUAUUACAUUCAUGUACGCCUUGAAUCUUAAUAUCACGCAUUACAUCAAUAAACAGCUUCAGUAAAGAAUUGUGACAACCCCUGAGUUUUUAUAUUUUUGUACAAUGCUUAAAACAUGUCAAUGAGUAUAGUGGUUAUACAUGUAGAGGGUUGUUCUGCUUUUCGGUAGACAUUUUUGGUCACCUGUACUUUAAAAGGUCUGCACAUUCAACAUAUUUUGGAUCAUUUAGCAAAUAGUGUUUUUAAUGAUUUGCACACAAAAAAAAUUAUUUUAUGCGAUAUUCAACAUUUUAAUAAUGGCAUAUAUUUUUAUUUCUUAUUUUUUAUUAAUAAAAUUUUUUCAACAAGUCUACUAAUUUGAGUAAAAAAUAAUUUGAGACUUUUAACUUAUUUUAUUGCUGGUUGAAUUCUUGUGCAUGAAAACUACGUCGUAUUAAGACAAAAAAGUCAACAUUCUAAUUUGUUUUACCUUUGUUUUUAAUCAAAUAAGGUUGGGGUUUUUUUUUUUUGCCAUACGCUUCAUUCGGAAAAAAUCAUUAAGGAAAAUGCAAUAUCUCUUUAAGUUGCACUUUGAGAACAGAUAGGUCAAUUAAAAUCCUUAAGCUGGGUGUGUAUAUUACUAAAAAAAUUGCUUUGGCAAAAACCUUAAAGACUGUAUUGUAAAACAGGGAACAACCUUCUUAAGGUAUUAAAAAUCCACGGACUUGGUAGUACUAAGCUCAUAUAAUUUUUAUAUCAAACUGGAUGAUUGUAUUUUGUUCGAUCAAACCUUUAUUAUUAUGAAACCAAAUGUUCUAUUAAAUAUUUUAUAUAUUUAUAUUUUAAUUAAUGUCUUUAUAAUAUAUAUCAAAAUUAUUAAGUUUAAAUGAAUGCAUAUUUUCAUCUGCAAAUGUUUCGUUUAUAUACUGGUGAAAUAUGGAAGAAGGGCGUGGAGAUUUCAAUCUUGUCUGCUUCUAUAUGAAUUACAAACGCAUUUUUUAGAAAUGGAGUAAUAGAUACAUAUCUACUGAAUAUCAUUUCAUUGUUGUUAUA